UUUAUACAUACACUUAACUCCUCCAUUUUUAUGUCUGCAAAUAAACCAUUCACCACUAGAGAGAGAGAAUGAAGAAACUCAAGUUAGGUGAGUGUAGUAAGAAAGUGAAGCAUGCAUCGUGCAGUUUGUGGGCGAAACUCGCACAUUUCCUCCUCUUUCAACUCAACCCAUUCUGGUUAGAACUCGGCUACUUCAUCACACUCUCCUUAUUCUGUUUCUUAACCCUAAAAUCAUCAAACACAAGAAGAUCAUCACCACCACCACCACUGCUGGAUCUCUUCUUCACCUCCGUCUCCGCCGUCACCGUCUCGAGCAUGUCCACUCUCGAGAUGGAGCUCUUCUCCAGCACCCAACUCCUCUUCCUCACCUUCUUCAUGCUCGCCGGCGGCGAGGUCUUCACCUCCCUUCUCCAACUCCAUCUCACCAUCAACAAACGCAAAUCACUCCUCACCAUCGAUCAACAAACCCAAUCCAUCGCCAUCCACCAAGAAGAAGAAGAAGAAGCUGUGUAUAACUCUAAUAAAUCCCUAAAAAUAUUAACCUAUUUGAUCACAUGCUAUCUUGUCCUACUUCAUGCACUCGGCUCAACACUCAUCUCCAUCUACCUAAGCCUCACUCCAACCGCAGCCAAAAUCCUCAAAAUAAAACGCAUCAACCCCCAAGUCUUUGCAAUCUUCACCACCGUUUCCACCUUCGCCAACUGCGGCUUCGUCCCCACCAACGAGAACAUGAUCGUAUUCAGGAACAACUCGGGCCUUCUGCUCAUCCUAAUCCCUCUGAUUCUCAUGGGGAACACUCUGUAUCCGGUGUUCCUGCGCCUCGCCAUCUGGCUCUCACACAAGGCCACCAACAUGCCGGAGUUUCGCUACAUGUUGAAGACUUCCGGGGAUUUCGGAUAUGGGGCCCACCUGCUCUCGCCGUCGCGUUGUGUUUACUUGGCCAUCACCGCGCUCGCCUUCGUCGUCUUGCAGUUUGUGCUUUUCUGUGCCCUCGACUGGAACUCCGCCGCCGGGACUGUUUAUCAGAAGGCGGUGGCGGUGCUCUUCCAGGUCGUCAAUUCGAGGCACGCCGGUGAGUCUGUGUUUGAUCUUUCCGUCUUGUCGCCGGCGGUGUUGCUGCUCUUUGUGCUCAUGAUGUAUCUCCCGCCAUACACGUCAUAUCUGCCAAUAGAGAAAGGGGAAAACAUUUCAACAAGUGGGGGAGGAGCCAAAAACACAAGAAAAAUAAAAAAAAUUAGGGAUCAUAUAAUCUUUUCCCAACUCACAUAUCUGACCAUAUUCGUCAUCCUCGUCUGCAUCACAGAGAAGCACAAGAUGAGAAACGAUCCUCUCAAUUUCAACGUGUUCAACAUCAUAAUCGAAGUCAUCAGCGCAUAUGGGAACGUGGGAUUUACGAUGGGAUACAGUUGUGAAAGACUAAUAAAGCAUGAUGGUGAGUGUAAGAAUGAGUGGAGUGGGUUUGCAGGAAGAUGGAGCAGUGCAGGCAAAUUUGUUUUAAUCGUCGUCAUGUUCUUCGGUAGGUUGAAGAAAUUCAACAAUGGAGGUGGUAGAGCUUGGAUUCUCCCAUAGCAUACCAUAUCAACUGCGUGUAUCUAUUAUUAUCUUCUAGGUUUGAUGCAGAAUCAAUUAAUAUUAUCUACUCCAUAU